UUUAAAAUAGCUGAAAUUUUGCAAAGAAAUUUCUUCUUAUAAUAACUACCAUGAUAAGAAUCUGAGAUGCAAAGUAAAUCCACAAUUUAUAAAAAGGUUAAUUUUAUAAAUACUUAACGAAUAUAAUCCUCAAAAUGACGAAAAAUAUUUCCUUCAGCUCUCGGUCUAAAAAACGACCACUCAAAUGCAUCGUUCAAUACACGUUGUUUAUGCGUAACCAUAGCAACGUUCACUAGUCUUUUGCAUGUUGUGUGCUGUUAUUGUAAUGGAUUAAAAUAAUUUUUGAUGAAACCUUAAACUCGGAUCGAUAAAAGCACUGUAAUUUAACCGGAUCACGCGAUAUGGCCGAGACGAAGACUAAACAUUCUACUAAAAAUGCUGAAUCUGAUGAAAGUGACAGCCUUGAAGCGGCUGACAGCUCCUGCGAGCAAAUAGGCCAUGGAAUAUUAAAAACAGCCCCCAUUGCAAUAAACAGAGAUGAAUAUUUACAAGCCUACAGAGAUCUGUCGUUUGAUCGCUAUCAGUUACAGCUGAAGAAUAACUUGCUUCAUAGACGGCUUGCUGAAUAUUAUAAAAAACGAAAGCUAGAUCAUGUUUUAAAACCUCUAGAAGGAGCAGUAGACUUAGAAGAGAAGUACCAACAAACUCUAUUUAGUUAUGAAGAGUUGAAAGAAAAAGAAGAAAGAGAAAUGCUUGAUAUAAAAUCAAAACUACAAGCAGUGCAAGUGCAAUACGGUGAUAAAUUAGAACAUGCUGAAAAAAGUUUUAAUACUCUGCAGCAUUUGGAAAAAACUACAGGCACAGGUCUUAUUUAUUCUAAGAAGGGAAAACCCAUUGCUGAAAAGACGGUGGAGAGGUUUUUGACGCUACAAAGACGCAAAAGUGAGCAAGCUUCUGCUCUCUGCUUGCGAUACAUCAGAUGUAGGAAUGCUGUUGCCGAGUUAGAAAGUUAUGUUCGAAAAUUGGAGACCCUUGGUCCAGGAUUAUAUGUGGCGCAGUAUGAACAGCUUCACAUUGAUCAUCAGAACUUUAUGACUAAAAUUGAAGAACGCGAAGAUGAACUGAUAAAGAACCGCGCGAAAUGCACGGAACAUAAUCAAAUGCUAGCUCACAUAAGAGAGAAGAUGCACCACACGGACGAAGUGAUUGACUUCGCUGAGUGCGAUCUCGGGGACGCUGAAAUUGAGUUCUUGAGAGCUAGAGAGGAUUUAGGGCAAGUGAAGAGUCGCCGCGACAAACUGCGCUGGUCGCUGCAAGGGGAGCGAAUGAAAACUGGCCUACUGACGAGAAAGGACCUUUUGCGUGACUAUCAAAACGCUACGGACGAGGUUGGAAAACUUAGAGAACGAAAAGACGAACUGCAGAAUCAAGUAAUGGAAAUCACGAGGCAAGUCAGAGCCGCGCGAAAACGUAUGUUAAUUCAUCACACGGCCAGUGAACACACAGAUCACAAGGAGACUGCAGUUGACACCACCAAUUAAAUAGCAAAGGAACUUAUAUUAACGAAAAAGAAAAGUUUAUUUCAGACCCGUUAUUACAAAACGAAAAUCUAGUAGGUAUCCAAUAUUUAACAUUACACACACGAAAAUUGCUGUCUAGUUCAGUGUAAGAUUAGAGAUCUUAUAGAUGACAUACUACCUAAUAAACUGUAUUGCUGCCUGAUGUAAGCGUAUAAAUAUUUGAUCGCUAUCCAUCCAUAUUUCUUGUGAGAAUUUCUUCCUGUAGUUUUUCGGUUACAAAACAUUCAACCGACAACGCUCGUAGAAAGAUGUUCAAACGAUGCUUAUAAUUAUUAUAGCUCCACACAUUGUUGUAAUACUGACGAUGCAAAAUUGAGAGUAAUUGACUUAAAAUAAAUUAUUGUUAAAUU